AUGGCUUUGGCCGAUAUUGCAGAUUUUAAAGCCCCGCCACCAUUCCUUGAACUAAAUUCCUCUCCCCAGGUUUUCGUUCCAUCUGUGCAUAAUUCUGAAUUGUCUCUGUGUACAGCCCCACUUCUGCAGGGACACAUUGAAAAAAUCGACCAUGGUGUUUCUUGCAAGGACCACAAAAUCAAUUUCGUUCAUGGAACCACAACCCUAGGCUUUAAAUAUAAAGAUGGUAUAGUGGUCUCAGUUGAUUCUCGUGCUUCUGCUGGGGGCUAUAUCGCCACGCCUGAUGUACACAAGGUUCUGGUUAUAAACAAAUACAUACUUGGAACAAUGGCUGGUGGAGCUGCAGAUUGUCUUUAUUGGGAACGUGUGCUGUCAAAGCACUGCAGAUUAUUUGAACUCCGAAAUAAGGAAAGGAUGUCGGUGGCUGCUGCCUCGAAGCUUCUGUCUAAUAUGCUUUACAAUUACAAGGGAAUGGGCAUUUCCCUGGGCUCGGUUAUUGCUGGUUAUGAUAAAUUGGGCCCUGGACUAUACUACGUAGACAACGAUGGCACCAGGCUCACUGGUGACUACUUCUCUACUGGAUCUGGCAGUCCUCACGCAUAUGCUGUCCUCGACCGUGGAUACAAGUUCGACAUGAGCACCGAGGAGGCCAUCGACCUAGGCCGCAGAGCUAUUUACCAUGCAACUUAUCGAGACCCGGCGUCAGGGGGAAUGAAUAACUUGUAUCACAUAACCAAGGAUGGUUGGGAGUUCAUUGGAGCUGUGGACGUCUCCGAUCUUCACGAAAAGGAGCGACUGAUGAAGCGUGCCUUCCAGACCUCAUUGUUCAUCCACAAUCCAGAUGUAGUUAUUCAUCUAGGCGAUUUGCUUGAUCACGGCUUCUACGAACCCGACAAUGACUUUGAGAAGGAUGUUGCUUACGCUCGCGACAUCUUUCAGCUUAACCCAUCCACGACAGUCCUCAAAGUGGUCGCAGGCAACCACGAUAUUGGAUUCCAUCACAGGUACUGUUUAUAUACGACUUCAGAUGGUAGUUUCACAACCCUCGAUUCAAUAUAA